GCGCUCGCUUGGAACAAAGUUGUGCCAUGCUGAGAUGUUUUCUUGUUUACUUGUUUUGCAUUGCACACAUGAAUAGUGGAGAAACAGCACACUAACCCCCCUUUUCAGCGAUUACAGCUUCUUCCACGCACAAAUGGUGCCCUCAGGAAUGUUUUCCUUUUCUUCUCAAACAGGACCAUCGGACCCCUUGAGUGGUGGUUCGUGGGAAACGACAGGAGAAGGUGCACAGAACUUUCAAGACUUCUCAGACAACGGAUCUGCCCACCCGGGAGACUCCGAGGACUACUCUUUCCAAGUUGAUGGCCACAUCACGCCCAGAGGACAGGGCCAAACUACCGAGGAUCUGCAGAGCAAGUGGACUGCUCCCGCAGCUGUUGGUGGCGAGCCCAUGCGGAGAGGAACUUCGCGCAGCUCAGCCGGAAGCCGCAAGCACCGGAUUUCCAAGGUCACAUCUCCCAAGGCACGACCCAGAAUUUCUGCUGCCGCGUCAGCUCAAGUAUCUGCUCAGCUGUCCUCCAUGGACCUCUCAGGUAAUGCUACGGUCUACGGACCUCAGCCCAGCGCCCGAAUGAUGGACGUGAACCCCUACUUCCUGGACACGGAUACGAGCGCCGUCUCGUCCCAAUGGUUUAACUCUAUGGAGCUCGGCAUGAUGCCCGAUGGCCUGCCCUCAGGCGAGCUGAACAUGCACGUUGUGCCUGCUCAGAUGCAGCUUGACCCGGACUCGAGCCUGUGUGCUCACUCUCCUUCUGCCUCCUGGAACUCUUUCAGCCCGUCAGAGUCGCACCUGUCUUCGCCGGCCGGAAGCACCGAGGAUUCGUGGCUGUCCGCCCCCCUCAUGUCUUCGCCGUCACACUCGGAGCACGUCUCCCCCAUUAUUCAAAGCCAGUCUCCAAGGUAUGUUCCUCAGAUCAGCUGCUCUAGCCUAGAGUCAGCCUCUGACGAGACACUCUUGUACAGCGCCAACGGGAAGUUCAUGAGCGACGAGCUCGCUGGAAGCGUCCUCACCAUUGUCGGCGAUGCCGCACUGCCCCCUGCUUUCCCCAGCCGCCGGCCUACCAAUGAGGGUGACACCGCCCGGGAUCACCCUUUGUACAAGAAUGCGACCCCGCAAGCCGAUGGCUUGUUCCACUGCCCAUGGGAAGGAGAAAGCAGCUGCAACCACAAGCCCGAGAAGCUCAAGUGCAACUACGACAAGUUCGUGGACUCCCACUUGAAGCCCUACCGCUGCAAGAUUGACUCUUGCGAGAACGCCCGCUUCUCCUCCACUGCCUGCCUGCUUCGCCAUGAGCGUGAGGCUCACGCUAUGCACGGCCACGGCGACAAGCCAUUCCUGUGCUCCUAUGAGGGAUGCGACCGUGCCAUGCCUGGCAAUGGAUUCCCGCGCCAAUGGAACCUGAAGGACCACAUGCGCCGUGUUCACAAUGACAACGGUGUUCCCGGAUCCCCUACCAGCAUCAGCAACAGCCAGCAGAGCUCCAAGGGCCGCAAGCGCAAGGAUGCGCCCAAGGCUGCCGUCGUCGGACCCGCACCACCCUCCCGCAAGGUCACUGCCAAGGCGGCCGUCGUGGAGGCUGCUGUUAAGGAGGAGCUCUCCUCCAAACCCCUUAUCGAGGAGUGGAUGUCCCACCGCCAGGCUCUGGAGAACAUCGUUCGUGACCUCAACCAACCCGAGGACAUGAAGAACUCGCAGCUCAUCAAGGACGCCCACAACCUGCUGUCCGCCAUGGGCAAGAUCGGACACGACUUGAACACCGUUCAACCCAUGGAUUCCAAGGUGCCCUUCCACCGCAACUACGUCCACGCCGGAUGAACAAACCUACUUUUGGUCCGUAAAAGCCCACUAUACACCGUCGAUAAAAAAGACUUCCCACUGACCGGUCAUUA